AUGACAUACGCGACAGCACGAUUGAUCGCAAUAUUUUUCCUUAUGUUGAGCACCAAAUUGCUGACAGAGAGUAUAGGCAUUAGCAAUUAUUUCCGACUGAUCAACGACGUCCACAGAUAUUAUCGCACGUCGUGUGUUAUUUUCGUACGAUCUGAUAAUUACGAUUUGAACACGACGACAUUGGUGUACACGUGGUCGCGCGAAUUCUCACGACACCGAGUCAUGACCGUGACCAUAACUUUCUCGGACCUGAGGAGUGAGUACAACGAGUACUGGAAGAACGUCACACAGCCGUUGUUUGUCGUUCUUCUCGACACCGAGGAUACCAUGGGCGAGUUCGCCGAGACCACGAGGAGCAUAAAGCCCAUCUCUUUUCCCAUUUGGCUCGUUAUGUUUCUUCAGCGUCCUGGGAAUCCUCUCGAGGAGCGCUGCAGACAUCCUACCGAAAACGUAUUCAACGUGGACUUCAGCACCCAGAUGCUGGUUCUCUGCUACGCUCGCCCGAUUCUAGUCGAGUGGUACGCCAUUCGCGAUAAUCGCACCAGAACGUUCGACCUGGCCUUGUGGUCCCCCGAUAGAGGUUUACUUUUAAGGACGCGAAAGUCCCUCUACGCUAGAAGGAGCGACAUGUUCGGCGAAGUUGUACGCGUUACGUCCGUGAUCAACUCGCCGCUGAUCUCGCACGAGAACGGUACGGUCGGCGGGUUUUUCGGUCUGUUGCUGAUAGAGCUCAGCAAAGUGAUGAACUUCACGGUGGAGAUUCUGGAUCCGGUGGAGGGAUUCGGUACCUGGAGCAAAGAGAAGAAGGUGUGGACAGGUGCGAUCGGCCAGUUGGUGGCCAACGAAGCUGAUAUCGGCAUCUCCGCAUUCACGAUGAUGAGUCACAGACAAGACGUUAUCGACUAUACGAUACCAUUGAUACGCUCGCGAUACCGCCUUUAUUUUAAGGAGCCUAACACAGCUUUGGUGGAAUGGUCUUUAUACUUAAAAGCAUUCAGCUCUGGAACUUGGAUAACAUUAUUAAUGACAAUAAUAACCGCUUCUAUUCUGUUGACUAUCAUGAAGACAAAAGGAUACCUUUCGAUGAACCUAAUGGUCGAGAACUAUAUUAAGGUUUGGGGUAUUUAUUGCCAGCAGGGUUUGCCAGUAAUUCUGGCCAUCUAUUCCGCCUCGUUGAUCAGCUUCCUAGCGCUCUGUACGCCCAAACUGCCUUUUUCCACUUUGGAGGGUUACGUUAAGGAUGGCUCUUACAAAUUAAUUGUGUUGCGAAAUAGCGCCGAGUAUGACGUUCCUACUCACGUCAAGGAUCCCGUUUUCCUGCAAAUGUACGAAUUGUUAGAAGAAAAGUAUUUGCCGCUGUCAACGACGGAGGGAUUCGAGAAACUCUGCGAGAGAAACAAGUUAGCGUUUUACACGACGGAGAUAUUUAAAGAGGCUAUUAACAUUUAUAUACGGUGUAGAAUCGUAUAUAUUGAGACCGGAAGAAUCGACAAUUUGGCGAUAAUUCUAACGAAAGGAAAUCCUUACACUGGCUUCAUGAAUUACCA